AUGUACAGUGAGCUGCCUAUAGAGCGCUACCACGCCAUCUCGGAUGCAACCAUGGACACCAUGCUGGACAACCUCGAGAACCUGCUAGACGACCUCGGGAAGUCGGAAUUUGAGGUCGAAUACAGCAGCGGUGUGCUAACACUGAUAUUGGGGGAACACGGAACAUAUGUGAUCAAUAAGCAGCCGCCGAACAAGCAGAUAUGGUUGUCCUCUCCCUUCAGCGGUCCCAAACGAUACGACUACGAACCUGAGAAGGACAAUUGGUACUACGCUCGCGACGGGCGCGCAUUGGGUGAUCUCCUGAACGAGGAGUUGAGCAAAGCUCUCGAUCGAAAGGUGGACUUGGGACUGUCGGAUGUAUCCUCGUUAUAA